GACAACCACAAGCUGUACAAGCAGAAGCUGGAGGAGCUGACCAAGCUCCAGGAUGGCAUCUCCAGCUCCAUUGCACGGCAGAAGAAGCGGCUGAAGGAGCUGUCGUUGUCCCUCAAGAAAUGCAAAGCCCACGUCAGCCCUGAACAGGAGGAGUCCAUCCAAGAGACCCAGAACCUCAUCAAAGAGAGGCAGAAUGUUUUCUUUGAGAUGGAGGCCUACCUGCCAAAGAAGAACGGGUUGUACCUGAGUCUGGUGCUGGGGAAUGUGAACGUCACACUGCUCAGCAAGCAGGCCAAGUUUGCCUACAAGGAUGAGUAUGAAAAGUUCAAGCUCUACCUCACCAUCAUCUUACUCAUCGUCUCGUUCUCCUGUCGGUUCCUCUUCAACUCCAGGGUGACAGAUGCUGUCUUUAACUUCCUGCUGGUCUGGUACUACUGCACCCUCACCAUCCGGGAGAGCAUCCUCAUCAACAACGGAUCCAAAAUCAAAGGCUGGUGGGUGUUCCAUCACUACGUCUCCACCUUCCUCUCAGGUGUCUUGCUGACGUGGCCAGAUGGGCUUAUGUACCAGAUGUUCCGGAACCAGUUCCUCUCCUUCUCCAUGUACCAGAGCUUUGUGCAGUUCCUGCAGUACUACUACCAGAGCGGGUGCCUGUACCGGCUGCGGGCGCUGGGCGAGAGGCACAACAUGGAUCUGACUGUGGAGGGCUUCCAGUCCUGGAUGUGGAGAGGCCUCACGUUCCUGCUUCCCUUCCUCUUCUUCGGGCACUUCUGGCAGCUCUACAAUGCCAUCACCCUCUUCCACAUGCUCCAGCACCCGGAGUGUAAGGAGUGGCAGGUCCUCAUGUGUGGCCUCCCCUUCCUCAUCCUCUUCCUGGGGAACUUCUUCACCACCCUCCGUGUCGUGCACCAGAAGUUUCAGAACAAGAACAAAGACACGAAGCAGAACUGAAGGGGGACAGUGUGGGGGGCCAGGACUUUCUCCCCACGGCUCCAUCUCCCCUGCCCUCGAUGCCGUCCGGACUCUGGUGUUGCCCCGUGUCCCUUGGGUGUGGGACAGAGCUUGGGGCCUGCUGGCAAAUAAGACAUGUUGACGUGUUCACUG